GGGAAAGCGUCAUCUAUUAGACCUGGGUUGUUUUUCAUCAGGACCGCUCCAGCUUCAUACAACUUGAGCUCUUGCACAUUAUUCUUUGUGCCUUUCGUUGAUCCUCAUCAGUGUUGGUUGACCAACACCGCGGCGCUGUCGCAAGAGCUUGUUACGAGAUUCGCGAUCUGGCCUAGAUGCCGAACUCUUGUCGCAUAUUGACAACGCCUGUCCCGUCAAGUUAUAAAACGACUAAAUGUCAACGCCGGCACAAAAAGCAAACCUUGCCCGGAUUAGAGAUAAUCAGAGGAGAUCCCGGGCCCGCAGAAGAGAGUAUCUCCAAGAGCUGGAGCAACGACUCCGAGUGUAUGAGUUGCAGGGUGUCGAGGCGUCCUCAGAGGUGCAACAUGCUGCGCGGAGGGUUGCAGAGGAGAACAGACAACUCCGUGGUCUUCUCAACCGACAUGGGAUCAGCGAUGAUUACAUUACCAGUUACUUGCACUCGGGUACAGCGUCGCAGACCGAUCCGACAGCAAUAUCGCACUUCACCCCCAACACUCACAGCGAUAGUGUCCAAUCCCUUCAGCAGGUUAUAGCACCCCGGAGACCUACAGCUCUCGAGACUGGCGUAUCUUACGGCCUCCCUCCGCAGGAAAGCCGUGAACCAUCUAUCGCAAGUGGAUCUACAAGCAGUUCUUCUAUAUGGGAAUCUGGCCAAGCUAUCCAGCCACCUUCAGCAUACGCCCGGCCACUUCCCUCCAACGUCCCUACACCAGUACCGAGGCAGUCGAUAACUUCAUCAAUGCAUCCCCAGCAAUACACCUCUCAAAUGUUCACUGAUCCUCAAGUUUCACGGACAGAAAGCUACCACGCUAUCGCUACCCCUGGGUCUUUGAUGGAUGAUCCCCGGCGACACAGCUACUCUGUGGCACCCAUGCCUGGGGAUGUCUCGUCAACGAUGGGUUAUAGCAUUCCCAUGAAUUCCUUUCACAACCCUGUAGGACAAGAUGGUGGCCCUUCAGGACCGUGUUGACUGGAUGGCCAACCAGCAGAGAGCUUUUGUCCGACCCAAUGGAUUUCGUUGCGCCCGGUGGCCUCAAAAUCCUCUGCCAUCCACAUCGAACAGGUACCGACAAGUAGCCUCGCGUUGAUGCAAUUUGCGUGAAGUUCAAGGGGUUUUGAUACAAUCGCUAUGCAUAAGCUCCUUCGACC